CUGGGCAGUGGCGGCCGGCGAGCCUUCCUCCUUCGCCUCCUCCUCCUCCCGAGCCUUCGAUGAAAGUUUCUCCCCGUGGCUGUAGGCUUGCGCGUUGGGCUGGCUCGGACAGCAGGGGGGAAAAAAAAGCAUCCAGGCCCUUUCGGAAGGGCUUCUUUUUAAUUUUUUUGCACGGUUCCAAAAAGGGAAGGAGGAGCAGCCCCUGAAAAGGGCCCACCUGGCCAGCCACCUGCGUAGAAAGGGUGUGUGCGCGCGUGCACGCAGGGCAGAGAUGACCCCCGGCUUUUGAGCUCAGCAGAGGGAUUGAGAUCCUGGACCUUGACCCCAAGUUUCCCCAAGGAUCUUGGCCAGGACGCCGGCUCGCGGUCGGGAUCCACCCAGCAACCCGCCCGCGGCCGCGGAGCAACGCCAAGGUGGAUGGAUCACCAGCGGAAAAAAAAGCUGACCAACUACACCAUCGGCCUGAUCUUCCUGUCCGGAGGGAUCGAGUAUGCGGUGAUCCUGCCAACCAUAUGGGCUUACCUGCAGAUGCUUGACGCUGAGCCCUACUUUUUGGGCCUGGCCAUCUCUGCCUUCAGCUUUGCUGGACUUCUCACGGGUCCGCUCUUCGGCUAUUGGUCCGACCGUACUCGUCAAACAAAGCCCAUCAUCCUGUUUGCCAACAUGUUCCAGAUAGCUGGUGUGGGAACUGGAGCAGGAGCAUCCAUUUUUGGUUAUCUCACCCGCUCUACGGCUUCUGAGGAGCGUGCCACUGUGUUCGCGGCUGUCAUGGCAUGCCGGCAAUUUGGACUGCUGGUUGGGCCAGCCUGCAACCUUUUCCUACGCCUCUGUAAUUUCCGGAUCGGGCCUUUCGUGGUUAAUAAGUUCACGUCACCCGGGCUCUUCAUGUGCCUGGUCUGGAUCCUGCUUCAAAUCGUCGCUGUGACUAUGUACUUUGACCUCCAGCCGCCGCCGUUGGCCCGUUCGUCAAAGGCUGUGCCGAGAACAUCACAGGAUGUCUUGGAGGAAGAUGAGGUGGAACCUCUCAUGAGGCAUGAGGCUGGCCAGGAGGAGGCGACAGAGAGCGGAGGCUAUGGCAGCACCACCGAUGUGGAGCGACAGGAGCCUUCACUGGGGGAUGAGUAUCGCUACGUGCCCAAUGGACACCUCGCUGAUGAGGAAUCGGCUGACGAGAAAGAGAAGAGCCCCUUCCAUGAUUUCAGCUCCAUGAGAGACGAUGGUAACUCCAAUCACGCAGCGGUACUUGAACUUUGGAGAACUGGAGAACAGCAUCAUGUAUUUUCUGUGUGGCGCGGAGGUCAUUGUGGGCUUCUUCCUGGUGCGCUGCCUCAGCACUCGCCUGACGGACCGCGUCAUCUUAGUUCUCGGCCUGGUCAUCUGCAAUGUAGCCUGCGUCUGGUGUUUGCUCUUCCUGGGACGGCCUCAAGGUAAUGGCGCCCAAUGACUGGGGGGAAAGUAAGGACGUUCCACCCGGGCCUCCUGGUGGCCUCUUUGAGGCAACGGCCUCAUCGCCUCCUGAUUGAUCUCCAGCCAGUUUGAAUAAAACUCUUAAUUCUCCUUCUAUAAUCAGGACACUCUGCAGUUGGGAUAAAUUGGGAGAAAAGGGUAGCUUUGAUGAGGUAAAUCUUAGAGCUUGUAAAAGCUACCUUUUGA